ACGGAGUGGCAUCACUCCACUCUCCACGACUGAGUUAGACAGACGUGUGGAAACCGAGUAUCAUCGACUUGAAGAUUGCUAUUGUCAAAUGGUAACAACGUCAGAGACAGUUCAAGGAUACCGAUUGGCACUUGGAAUGCGCUCUGGCUCGCGGUGCUCCGAGCCCAAGGUAAACCAAAGGGGAAACAUGCACAAUUCGAACUCAACUGCUCCAAGUUUUGCAGCGAUUUUCUAGAUCUGGACACGUCCUCACUCUCAAGCAUCGUGUGUCGAUCUACUGCGAUGCUGAUGGGAUGAUUUUAUUUAAUCACAAAAUACGAACCACGGGAUUACUAAAACGUCAACGUUUUUACGGUCGGUUGUCAGUUGAAUAAUAAUUACGUUCUGAAAUUGGUGACUUCGGAACACACGAAAAGACGAACUCCAGGGGGCAUCGCUACCUUGUCUCCAGUAACAUUUCCUUGAUUGACAUUCCUUCCAUCAGAUCAUAUGAGUGCAGCGUUCAGUCCUUCGUUUAUGAUGAUGCAGCGCCCACUGGGAAGCACCACUGCCUUCAGCAUCGACUCUCUGAUCGGCGGGCCCCCUCAGCCCAGCCCGGGACACUUCGUCUACACUGGUUACCCCAUGUUCAUGCCGUACCGGUCAGUGGUGCUACCGCCGCCCCCUCCGCCACCCCCUGCCUUGCCCCAGUCCGCCUUGCAGCAGGGUCUCUCAGCUACCCAUCCGCACCACCAGAUCCCCAGCCUGCAGAACUCAUUCUGCUCCAGCCUGGCUCAGGGCAUGGCACUCACCUCCACCCUCAUGGCCAGCCUGCCAGGAGGGUUCUCGGCUUCACAGCAGCAUCAGGAGGCGGCGAGGAAGUUCGGUUCGCAGUCCCUCCACGCGGUCUUCGACAAAUCUCAGGACAUUCGUUUGGAUGGAGACGACGGAAAGACUUUUUUAGGGAAAGAGUCGGCCGCACUCCCCUCCUACCACGACUCAGACCCAGUGCAAUCUUCCACAGCCAGAACUAAUAGCAAAGAAGACCAGAAAGAGGACGAGUGCAAUAGAAAAGAUGAGAGUUUCUCAAUGGACAGCGAUUUAGACUAUAGCUCCGAUGACAACAUGACUGGUAACUCAAUGUGCCAGAAAGAUGACGGGGACGGUAACGUGGACGACGGCGUUCAUGGGUCUAACGGCACUGGCAGCACCACUUCUACCGGCAAGAACCGACGACGGAGAACGGCGUUCACGAGCGAGCAGCUCUUAGAACUGGAGAAGGAAUUCCAUUGUAAGAAAUACCUGUCUUUGACGGAACGCUCACAGAUCGCCCAUGCAUUGAAACUCAGCGAAGUUCAAGUCAAGAUCUGGUUCCAGAACCGGAGGGCCAAGUGGAAACGCGUGAAGGCCGGUAAUGUCAACUCCAAAACCGGAGAGCCCUCUAGGAACCCAAAAAUUGUUGUGCCCAUCCCUGUGCACGUCAGUCGGUUUGCAAUAAGGAGUCAGCACCAACAGUUAGAACAGGCCAGGCCUUAACAUUUAUGUUUAUGGUACUGAUGGACUAACUACUGAUUCGGUUAAUAACACUGUUCAAAACAAAACGUGUCACUGUGGGACAACUGAUAAUUACAAACCAAUUUGUUCCUUUCGGGAGUCACUGUAAGCCAGAGGAAAGCAAAUUAGUUGAUGGUAGCCUACGUUUGUUGCCUUUCCUCUGCUUUACUGCUGAAUCGAUCCAACUGCCUGUUGACUGAACCUCUAAGAAGACAAAAAAAUGUGACAUAUUCAUUACCCUGGUUACGAGUGUAAAUAUCGAGUUGGACCCUUAUCUAUAACCGCCAUGGGACCAAAUCAGGACAAUUCAACGAGAAACAAAUUCCAACUGUACAUUUCCGAGAAUAUGAAAAAUUAUAGCCCACUUUUAAUUCUUUAUGAGUUUUUUGACAUUUGUAUGUGCUGCUGAUUCUGAAAAAACGUAUGUCUGCUUGUAUUAUUGUUGUUUUAACAGCAGGCGCAAAUCACAUAAGAAUGAACCAGCCUUGUCUCAAAAGGAGCACUUUUAUAGUUUCUAUUUGUAACACUAGAGCAAUUACACCCCCCCCCAUCCCCGCCCCCCGGUACACACACGCACGCACGCACUGUGGACGCCUACACAUUGCCAACCACACGAACACACUACAUCUCAACAACCAUCACCUCCACCAAAAAGUGCCCCUGAAAAACGUAUUGGUUCUCAGUUUUUGUUUCUGUUUCCAGUUGAUUCCAUGGUUGCUUGAAUUAUUUUUCCUAAUUGUGACUUUUUCAAUAUUCGGGAAGCACGCUGCUAAUUCAUUUAAUAUUGUGCAAAAAGUAACUAACAUUUCAUGACUUAUUAAAUAAUAUAGUGUGAAUUAAAGAUGGAACCAUUCGGAUUAUGUCAAAAAAGUUCUCCGUUGUUUGUCAUUCAGAUUAAGAUAGUAAUUUUGAAUUUAAAAUAUUGUGCGUAUGGCAUAGU